AGGAGCCGGUCAAGAGGUUGGGCGAUCAUGUCACAUCAUGGAGUUCAAAGGAAAAACUAUAAUGGUUUACAGGCUGCUGUGAUGUAGCACUACUGAGUGGGGAAAAUCAGCAACUAAGCAAACAAACAAAAGAGCUGAUCAUUGUCUGGUGUGAAUGCGAACUGAUGAUAUACAAGAUACAGCUGGACUGUGGGAUCCACCCAGGCAUGAAUGGCUAUGCUUCACUGCCGUUUCUUGACAUGGUGGAUGUGGAAGAAAUAGACCUGCUCCUUAUCAGUCAUUUCCACUUGGACCACUGUGGAGCCUUGCCAUACUUCCUGGAGAAAACAGGGUUCAAAGGUCGGUGCUUCAUGACGCAUGCCUCAAAAGCCAUAUACCGAUGGCUGCUGUCAGAUUACGUGAAAGUCAGCAACAUUGCCACAGAGGCGCAGCUGUACUCCGAAAAAGACAUUGAAAACUCCAUGGACAAGAUUGAAACUGUCAACUUCCAUCAGGAAACAGAAGUGAAUGGAGUGAAGUUCUGGUGCUACACAGCUGGACAUGUGUUGGGGGCGUCCAUGUUUAUGAUUGAGAUUGCUGGGGUCAAGGUGCUGUACACUGGAGACUAUUCACGACAGGAAGACAGACAUUUAAUGGCAGCUGAGAUCCCCAAUGUGCGACCAGAUAUUGUCAUCAUCGAGUCGACCUACGGCACACACAUCCAUGAGAAGCGGGAGGAUAGAGAGUUGAGAUUUACCAGUCUUGUCCACGACAUUGUCAAUCGAGGAGGUCGCUGUCUUGUGCCUGUCUUUGCCCUUGGCCGAGCUCAGGAACUGCUGCUCAUUUUAGAUGAAUACUGGAGUCAACAUCCUGAGCUUCACGACAUCCCCAUCUACUACGCAUCAUCGCUGGCCAAGAAGUGUAUGAGUGUGUACCAGACGUACAUCAACGCCAUGAAUGACAAGAUCAGACGUCAGAUCACCAUCAGCAACCCCUUCAUCUUCAAACACAUCAUCAACCUCAAGAGCAUGGAGCAGUUUGAGGACAUUGGUCCAUCAGUGGUGCUAGCCAGUCCUGGCAUGAUGCAGAGUGGGUUGUCAAGGGAACUGUUUGAGAGCUGGUGUACCGAUAAGCGGAAUGGCUGUAUAAUUGCUGGCUACUGUGUGGAGGGGACGCUAGCAAAGCACAUCCUGUCUGAGCCGGAUGAGAUUGUGACAAUGACAGGGCAGAAGCUGCCGCUAAAGUGUUCUGUAGAUUAUAUCUCCUUCUCCGCCCACGCAGACUACCAGCAGACCAGCGAGUUCCUCCGUGCUCUCAAACCUCCUCAUGUUGUUCUGGUGCAUGGUGAAGCUAAUGAAAUGAGUCGUCUGAAGGCUGCACUACAACGGGAGUACGAAGACAGCACAGACUACAAGAUGGAGGUCCACAACCCUCGCAACACCGUUGCUGUGGAGCUACACUUCCGCGGAGAAAAGUUGGCAAAGGUUGUUGGCAGUCUGGCAGCAGAGAAAGCCAAACAAGGAACAAAGGUGUCCGGGAUCCUGGUGAAGAGGAACUUCAACUACCACAUCGUAGCACCAGGAGAUCUGCCAAAUUACACCGAUCUAGCCAUGAGCACAGUGACCCAGAGAUUGAGUAUAGCCUACACAGGAACACUGCCUCUACUUCGGUACUACCUGUCUCAGCUCGCCGGGGACGUGGAAGCCAUCAAAGUCAACGACAAACAGGCUCUCAAGGUGUUCAAGACAAUCACGGUUGUGUUUGAACCAAGAAUGGUUGUCAUAGAGUGGAUCGCUAACCCUGUGACAGAUAUGUAUGCGGACUCCGUUGUCACAGUCAUCCUCAGAGCAGAGAAAGAUCCCAUGCCUCAGAAAAAUGUCCCAGCAGUGAUGGUGGUGGACCGCAGCCACUUCCAGGAGUGUGUGAUCGACAUGAUGAAGGAGAUGUUUGGACAGGACAGCACAGGGAAGCUGAUCAAAAACAACAAUCUUACAGUCACAGUGGAUGAAACGGUAGCAGUGAUCAACCUAGAGACUCAGGAGGUUCAGUGUGGAGACGAGGCACUCCAACAUGUGAUACAGAACUCAGUCACAAGACUGUACCAAGCAAUUACACCUCUCAAGGUUGGAUGAAAAACAGUUGGGACAUGGACAGAAUAUCUGAACAUGUUCAGUUUCUUACAAGGCAAAACCAAAAGACUCAGCAUUCACUGCCCUCAUUCUCAUUUUGUGAUUUGGGAGGUUUCAUUCUGUGUUGAUGUUGACAAUAGUAUGACAGGCAAGUUACAUGGAUUCUUGACACAAAAGUCAAAGGACCAAGUUGAAAUGUGCAAAUGGGCAUGUAUACCACUGCUGAUGGACUUUCAGUGUGAGUUGCAAUUUGGAAAAAAUGUUAAAACAUCUUAACACAUCAUGAUCCCUCAGUACUGAGGAGUAUGACCGGCAGUUCUUUAACUUCUACCUUUAAGGCUAAAAAAUUAAUAGUCUUGGUUCUCAGGCACCGGCCACAUCAUCAUAAAGUCUACCAUGGUCUACCACACGUUCUGUUUUUAUUUCCAUUUUCCAAAGAAAUAAAAAAAUCUUUAAGUAUUCCGUGUCUCGAACACAUUACCCUGGCUGUUUAAUGCUACAAUACUUAAGAACAACAUGAUUUCCCCAAAUUUAUUGUAAACAAAAUUUGGUUACAUACAGCUUGAACAGCUGAAGAAGUUGAAGAGGCUGCGAAACUUGUGGCUACAGGAGUUAGUCAAGAAUAGCGAUAAGAAAAAUAGAAUACGAAUUAGACGAAUCGUGCAGUCUCUGAUUAUUGUACUAUAUUUUGCGUGACAAAUUCAUCUCUAUUGUCCAGUGUAUUAUGUCUCCAUUCUGUUGUUAUACUAUCAUCAUGAGUAGAUAGCAAAUUGUUUGUAAAUAAAUUGAAGGAAUUAUAA